AUGCUACACGAAGUUGGUGGCCAAAGGAGUCGGACGGGUGGCUUAAGCGUUGCUUUAUCUGGCCCAGAUGGGCGGGUGUUGGGCGGCUCUGUGGCUGGCCUAUUGGUGGCAGCAUUCCCGUCACAGGUUGUAGUAGGAUGCUUUGAGCCAGAUAGUCAGAAAGAAUCUGGACAAAAUCACAUGAUGCCAGCAAUGGUUAACCAUGGUGGUGUUGUGGGUCCCAACAGCUCACCUUCAAGAGGGAGCCCGAGUGAGUCCUCUGGUGGACCCGCCAGCCCUCUAAAUAUGAGCUCGGGUGCAUGCAUCGACCUCCCAGAUGUCAUGCCGUGGAAAUGA